AUGCGUAAGCGCGAGUUGCUUGAAACUGUGCGAGGGCUCUUGCCUCCAGAAACUCAUUGGCCCAGCGAUCAAGGCGACGUGCAACUUCAGGAUGGCACGACUGUGUUGAUGCUGGUUGCCAGAAUGCCAGACUUUCGACUAGCUCUGAAACUCAUCGACUGUGUGUAUCAUUUCACCGUCAACUUCUGGGCGAGAGAUUCUCACGGACGUCAUGUGAUAAUGGACGCUUGUUACUACGGUGUCCAUCCCUCAGUGCUGCAGCGUUUGAUGAAAUGGGCUCAGAAGUGCACCUUAAACGUGAUUGUUCCCAUGUCUAGACUGGAUGUCGACGGCCUAGACGCUAUGGAACUCGCCAUAAGAGAAGGACACGGAGAACUGGCCUCCUGUCUAUUGGGAACGCGAGACGCGGCGUCGUACUACGACUCGUUCUGCAAUCAUUAUCCACUGGAGGUGUUGGAGCUUGCCAUCCAGUCCAGGAACAAACACUGCGUGAGAGCCAUUCUCACUAACAAGCGGGUUUUACGGGGUUUACAACCCGGAGCGACGACGAGCAUCAACGUGACUAUGCGGUGGAUGCAACGCCAAAACUCCAACAAACGGCUUUUCAACAUCUUCACAUGUGUUGGCGCCGCUGUUCGCUGCAACAUGCCACAGAUCGUGCAAGUUUUGCAAACGAUCAACCCCGAGGAAACGCGCCAAGCUGUGUGGUACGCUGUCAGCACAUUACCACCGGAAUCGGCAGCAGAACUGUCCCCAGAGCUCCAGCAAAUGGCAAACUCCUAUCUGUUCGACAAGAUUUGGCCACAAAUUGGUGUGAUCAUUCUGCUUCGAAGUUGGGAACAAUUGGCACGCACCGGCAACGAGCAUGCACAUUCGUUGUGGCAGCGAACGCGCCAUUUGUGGCGCCACGAGAAUCACGACUGGGAGACGAUAGCGUCUCACCCGUGGACGACACUUCCAAACGACCUGUUCGCGCAGAUCCUGAGCUUCCUACUCCCUUCCAAGACGUCCGAGAUGAGGAAAGUAGCGUCCUUGGUGAGGUUCUAA